AUGAGGGCGGCAAUACUUAAGAAUGCCGUAAGUGGUUUUGAGAACACUGGGAUAUGGCCAUUUAAUCCCAGCAUAUUCCCUGAAGAGGCAUUUGUAGCUAGUGAAACUACUAACAGACCUGAGCCAACGAAUCCUCCAGCAAACACUGAAAAAGCUAAUACAACAGUAAAUAAUACAAAUGCAUCUUACCCUAAUGAAUCUAUAAAGGAACAUAUUGAUAUUAAUUCCUCAUCUGACGAAGACGAUGUUCCGUUGAUGGCACUCAAAAAUUUAAUUGCCACCAAGUCCGUUACUUCUGAAAAACAGAACUGA